AUAUUUUGUCGUUUCGUUGGAAGAUGCGUUGCAACAGCAGCAGGGCGUGUCAAGUGUAGGCUAGUAUAAACUCCAGGCUGAGGAUAAUGACAGUCCACUCUAGAUGAUAUUUAUCGACUCAUUUUUUAAAUAUUUCAACAGAGCAUAAGCGUAGGGGUUGUAUGGGUUCCUGUACACAGGGGAGUGGAGGGGAGGGGAACGAGAAGGCAGACACACAGCGAAGGAAGCUAUUACAUCAGAGCUGGUUGAACUGGAAAUCACUUUAAGCAGAAGAAGAAGAACAAGAAGACGACAGUCCAGUCAAGGGAGAAGGCACUGCGAACUCGUUGACUCUAAGUCACACCAUGGAAUCAUUGGCAUCUGCAAAUGUGCAUUUCUCCCUUGAACUUUUCAAGAAGAUCUCAGAGAUCAACAAGACGGGCAAUGUGUUCUACUCUCCUCUGAGCAUCUCUUCAGCCCUGGCCAUGGUCUGCCUUGGAGCCAGGGGCAACACUGAGGCCCAAAUGCACAAGUCCCUGAACCUUCACAAAGUUGAGGAUGACGUCCAUGUUGGCUUCAGUAAGCUCUUUGCUGAACUAAACAAAGAGGGCGCCCCCUACGCCCUGAGUCUGGCCAAUCGCCUCUACGGAGAGCAGUCUCUCCAGUUUGUUGAGAAAUACCUUGCUGACACAAAGACACACUACUGUGCUGAGCUGGAGACUGUUGACUUCCGUACAAAUGCAGAGGCAGCUCGAGUGAACAUCAACAAAUGGGUGGAGGAAAAGACUCAGAACAAAAUCGUGGACCUCUUGGCCCAAGGAGUUUUGGAUGUGGAUACCAGACUGGUGCUAGUAAAUGCAAUCUACUUCAAAGGCAACUGGGACAAGAAGUUCAAAAGCAUUCAAACAAAAAAAGUUCAGUUUAAGCUCAAAAAGAAUGAAAGCAAGUCUGUUAAAAUGAUGCAUCAGAAGGGCAAGUUCCCCUUCACCUACAUUCCUGACGCAGAGUGCCAGAUUCUGGAGCUGCCCUACGUGGGCAAAGAUCUGAGCAUGCUCAUUAUGCUGCCUAAUGAGAUGGAGGACAACACCACUGGACUAGAGAAGCUGGAGCAGAUGCUCACAUAUGAGAACUUUGUGGAGUGGACCAAGCCAGACAUGAGGCAGGUGGGUCUCCCCACGUUCAAGCUGGAGGAGGAAUACGACCUCAAGGAGAUCCUGGUGAGCAUGGGAAUGACGGACGCCUUCAACGAGAGCAAGUGUGACUUCUCCGGCAUGUCUCCCUGCGACGACCUUGUUCUGUCCAAUGUCGUGCACAAGUCCUUUGUGGAGGUGAAUGAGAAGGGCACUAAGGCAGCGGCUACCACGGCUGUCGUCGCGUCUAAUUCCUUCUCUAAUUCCAAGCCGCCCCCCAAGAGGUUCAUGGCGGACCACCCCUUCCUCUUUUUCAUCCGACACAACCCCACCCAGAGCGUCCUCUUCUACGGCCGCUACAGCUCCCCUUAAGCUGAGAAUGUAAGGAGUCCUAAUGUUUCUAUACUGUUCAAACUCCUGAUCAUGUGAACUGUUGAUUAAUUACCCUACCACAUGAUGGUAUGACCUCAUGGUGGGCCCAUUGUCACAUAUUGCUGCUACAACAACUUUUGAUUAUAUCUCUAUCCUUUGCCUUUUUCACAGGAGAAACUAACUAGGAAGCAGGAAAUGUAAUUAAUGUGUACAUUGUCAUGUCUUGAUCAAUGCACUCUCACUACAACAAUGGUCUCAAGUCUCAUCAAAGUACUUCUCAUG